CGCCCUCCCCUGGCGAGGCUGGAAGGAUCAGCUGAGUUGCAGCAGCCGCAGCGGCUCCCCGCGCCCGGACCGCCCGCCUCCGCCCAGCAUUUAUCCCUCACUCCAGAUUAAUGAAGUUGGCAGCCUUUGUCUCUGGCCUAGCCCUAGUGGCCUGUGCCCUGGCUCUGGAGAAUGGGCUCAUGCGGGUGCCCCCGAUGGGCUGGCUGGCGUGGGAGAGGUUUCGCUGCAACACUGACUGCAAGACGGACCCUGACAACUGCAUCAGCGAGAAGCUUUUUGUUGACAUGAUAGAUUGUCUAGCGGAUGAUGGCUGGAAGGAGCUGGGCUAUGUGUAUGUGAACAUAGAUGAUUGCUGGAUGGCGAAGAAGCGGGACGCAAAGGGGCAACUGAUCCCGGAUCCUGAGCGGUUUCCCAGUGGGAUCAAAGCCUUGGCGGAUUACGCGCACUCUCGGGGGCUGAAGUUGGGCAUCUAUGGAGACAUGGGCACUUACACGUGCAGUGGCUACCCAGGCACCACGCUGGACCGGGUCGAACAGGAUGCCCUGACCUUCGCGGAGUGGGGCGUGGACAUGCUGAAGCUGGAUGGCUGCUACUCAUCAGAAGAAGAGCAGGCCCAGGGCUACCCUAAAAUGGCAAUGGCCUUGAAUGCAACAGGCCGCCCCAUUGCCUAUUCCUGCAGCUGGCCAGCCUAUCGGGGAGGGCUUCCACCCAAGGUGAACUACACCCUCCUGGCGAACAUCUGUAACCUCUGGCGUAACUAUGGUGACAUUCAGGACUCCUGGAACAGCAUCCUCUCCAUCGUGGACUGGUUUUCAGCAAAUCAGGAUGUGCUGCAGCCGGUGGCCGGCCCUGGCCACUGGAAUGACCCAGACAUGCUGAUCAUUGGAAACUUUGGCCUCAGCUAUGAACAGUCCCGAUCCCAGAUGGCCUUAUGGACGGUGCUGGCUGCCCCGCUCUUCAUGUCCACGGACCUCCGCACCCUCUCCCGCAGCUCCAGGGAGAUCCUGCAGAACCGACUGAUGAUCAAAAUCAACCAGGACCCCUUGGGAAUCCAGGGACGCAGAGUCCUUAGGGAGAAGUCUCAGAUCGAGGUGUUCCUGCGUCCGCUUUCCCACUCAGCCAGUGCCCUGGUCUUCCUCAGCCGGCGGACAGACAUGCCAUACCGCUACACCAUCUCCCUCAGCAAGCUCAACUUCUCCGCCAGUGCCGUGUACGAGGCACAGGAUGUGUACAGUGGCGGGAUCAUCAGCGGCCUGAAGGCUGGAGAGAACUUCACUGUCAUCGUCAACCCCUCGGGAGUAGUCAUGUGGUACCUCUAUCCCACAAUGUACGUGGAUCAACCCUUGGACUUUGUCAGACAGCACCCCCAGGGGAAGGGCUUCCACCCAUUUGCACUGUGAAGCCAAUCGGAGGAAGAGGAUGGGGGGCCAGCUGUGGGUACAUGUUGCUCUCUGGCCAGGAGCGACUCCUAAUGAUCUACAUUUACCCGCUUUGUGCCUUAGUUUUCCUCUCUGUCAACCAGGGAGAACUGUUAACCCUCACCUCACGCCUGGGAGGUAGGUAAUUCAUUACUGAUUGUAAAGUGCUUUGAGACCCUUCCCUUGAUGGUGCCAGACAAGUGCAGAACGCAGUCACUGUGAGCAAUUGCUAACUCUCGCUAAUUGAACACUUGCUAGAGGAGCUGCAUGUAGUAUCGCAGCUCAGUGAAGAGGUCAUUUCCCCUAGAUUUGCAGUAAGGCCUUCGAUCUGACCCCUGCUAUACCUGUCAUGAGGAGUGAGUCUCCCUGGAGGUGCUAUACUGGCAAUCACAUGUUCCAUGCGGGGGAACUUUUCUACCCAAGAUCGUCCCUAGGCAUAUGCAGAAUACGCAGCUGCAUAGGGCACCAUGAAAUGUGGGGCACCAAAUUGCUCCAAAUUUUAUGGUGCCCUAGGCAGCUGCAUGCAUACGCGGCAGCACCAGCUCUGGCAGCCAGCCCUAUUCCCCAGCUGGCCCACUCACGGGCUGUGCCCACUGCAAGGGGCAGGGCCAUCCCUGGGGGGUGUGGGGCCUGGGACAACUCCCUCCACCCCAUCUCUUUCCCCCUGCUCCACCCUGGGCCCACCUCCAUUCCACCCCUUCCCCCCCGCGCUGGAAGCAGGGGUUGGGCCUGACCCCGGACUCUCCGGCAACGGCAGGAAGCGGAGCAACCCGGCCCCAGCCCGCUCCACUCCACCAGCUCCCAGCUGCGUCACUCCGCUUCCCACUGCCAGUGAGUGUGCGGGGCGGUCCUUUCCCCUCCCACAAGCGACAUGGCUGGGAGCCGGGGCGGCGAGAGCGGAACGGGUUGGGGCUGGGUCGCUUCACUUCCCACUACUGGUGAGUGCGGCCAGGGGACGGUCUUUUCUCCAACCCCUCACGACUGGGGCUGGGUCGUCCUGCUUCCUGCUGUGGGUGCCAGGCCCCCCCUAAUCCCCUGGGCUCCAUGUGGGGCCCCCCACAGCUCCUGCCUCUGUCGUUCUGCAGCCCUUGAGUGUGGGCGUCCCCCUCCCUCUGGAGGGCCGGACCCCCCGGGGGAGCUCUGGCUGCAUAGGGCACCAUAAUUUAUAGGGACGGGGCUGUUUCUACCAUUUCCUUCGCUUAGAAUGACAACUUCCGGCAGUUGAACUCACCCCCUGCCAGUUGUGAAAGCAUUAACGCCUGCAGGAGGCAGCAUUGUCCGGUAGCCAGAGCAGGGCCCUGGGCGUUAGAAACUCCUGAAUUUCAAUGUUGCCUCUGCACAUACCCCAGCAGUUGCUAAAGGUGAUGUCUGCACUACCCCUGCUACAGUGGCACACUUAUGGGGCUGCAGCACCCUUGUGUAGACACUUCCUGCACUGAUGGGUGGGGCUUUUCCAUUAGAGUUGUCAAUCCCACCUCUCCAAGAAGCGGGUGGCUAGGUCAAUGUCAAUAGCAGGGGCUAGACCAACCUAACUGCUGUGCUCAGGGUGUAUAAUUUGUCACAGCCCUGACCCAUGGAGCUAGGUUGAUCUAAUUUUUAAAGUGUAGACCAGCGGUUCUCAACCCAAGACCCAAUCAACACACAGCUGCGGCCUAUGUGACAUCCUCACAGCCACACAGGUAGUAUCUAUGUUGUGUGGAUGCGGCCAUUGUAACACCCAGAGAGCUGCAUGUGUGGCCCACAAUGGUAGAUCAGUUGGGGACCACGGGUGUAGACCAAGCUUUAGUUUCCCCAUCUGUAAAUUGGGGACAGUACCACUCAGUACCACAUGAAGAUUAUUAGUCAUUUUUAGCACUUAACAUCUUCCAAGUGCCCUACAAAUAGGAGCUGGGUCAUCCCAGAAUCUGAGCUUGGGUGAGCCUUAGUAUUGCCCAAUAUUGAGGCACAGGAAGGCUAUACAAUAAAUCAAUGGCAGAGCAGAAAUUAAACAGGACUGCCUGGCUCCUGCUCACCCAGCCUGCCUCUUCAGUUAAUUCACAGGGUGGAGAUUUACAGUGUUCUCCAUUGAUUUAUGCCUUAUCGGCCUUAGAAAAACACUACUGCUCAAUGUACACAGCAGAGAAAGCAGCAGUGUAGCGUCUGGGUCACUGCCUGACUGGGGCUCGGAACCACUUGUGCCCCCCACCAUCUUGUCCAGGGGAGAAUUGCCUCAUGUUAGCACUAGCCUGUCCAGCAGCUGAGCUGGUUGUUCCUGCUGGAUGGGGACAGGCUCCCUUCCUUCUCAAGCUGCCCAACAUUCCAGGAUUUCUCAGGGAAAGGCAGCUGUGUACAUAUUUAUAAGUUUCCAUGACCAAUAGCCUUUUACCAUUAAUACACUGCCAGGGGACUGCGUUAGGUGCCUGUCACUUGCAUUAUGGGCCUCAGACCACAGCUGGUUGCACUCCAUUGUCUGAAAGGGAACCCUGUUCCUAUGUGUGACACUAUGUUGUGCUAGAGAAUUAAUGUUUGAAUAACAUGUGUGUAUGGGCAGAAGAGGAACGUUGAUAGGCUAUUUUCCUUCCAGUUACAACAUUCCACUAGCUUCUUCAUCCCUGCUGGGCCCAAACUGACAGGUCAAGGGCUGGGGGAAGGGCUAGUCUGGGAGAAUUCUGCACCAAUUAAAAAUUCUGCACCCAAUAUUAAAAUUUUUCAAAAUUCA